CAGGUACUGUCACUAUUGUUCGAGCCGUGCAGUGGUGGAGCGCUAGCAAUUUUCCUCGAUGAUGCUAGAAAAGCUCUUUCUCAUGGGGCAUCAUACGAUAUCUCGUUGGAGCAUAAAGUGCACUUCUUAGCCUAUCAUCUUCAUCGAUUCGCUAUGAAUAUUGCGCAAGCAUUGAUUUUCCUUCACGAUCAAGGCUGUACACAUUCACAUAUCACAGUGGAAAACGUUUAUUUAGCAUCAGACUACAAUGAUCCUUUGGACAUUCCAUGCGAUCAAACUGUGAAACUUGGCGAUUUUUGUUGGGCAUCUGUGCCGCGGGUGAACUGGCAGUAUGGGUUAUUGUUGGCAUCCAUGGUGACCUUAAACUCUGCCCAGGCUCUGAUUUGCUUGCCACCGGAUGCACUUCUCACUGAUAGAAUCAUCAAAAACUAUUACACGUGCCUUUCAUCAGGGAUUCGUCAAGUAGAUCCGUACAUGUCAUCGUUGAAAAGCAAAAUUCUCAUGUGCUUAACGUCAAAUGUUCGGAGUCGAGCGACUAUGAAGAAAAUUGAGAAGGAACUGGUCUCUCUCAACUUCAAAGCACCCGAGUCCGUGACAGGAACGAACUCAGUAUUGGUAUAG